AUGCCAUACCCAAGUAGCUUAAUGUCAGUCCGGCCGGCGGGCCUCAAUCUUCGCUCUUGCCGAGUCUUGAAUGGGUUGAUACGCACCAGCAAGCAGUCCAGGGUUCUUGAACAACUUCAUUCUACCAAAUCAGGCCUUCACACAGGACCGACUCUAGAGCGCCUGCAAGUCAGGAUCCUAGUACAGGCUGGGCACUGUCGUACAAAUACGGUGCUAAUGAGCCCAGUGAUAGGUGAUUCCAUGGCGCUGAGAGGGCGGCAACGUGGGGUCAAGCACCCACGCGAAGACGCCAUCAAUUACCACGGGGUUUUGUCUGCCAUAGUCGGCGGCCCAGCAAGAAGAAUCAAUAUUGGCGGCUGCAUGGUCGAGGAGACAGAACCCAGGCGGUUGGUGAUAACGUCGGAUUUCGAUACUCGUCUGCAUGUGCAAAUUCGAAACGAACAUGGGCAAUUUAAUUCCCUGUCCAUUGGCUGGUGCGUGGCGCUGGAGUUUUUCCGAGCGUCCGCUGCUCUAAACAAAGUCUUAUCGGGCUUUAAGUUCAAUAAGAAUCUCCCUGGAAUGGCCCGGACGCUAGUUAGAAUCCUUCAUGUAACGGCGGGACUGUCGUGCCUUGUGACUUUCUUUAGACUGCAUGAGUACAAUGCCAACAAGUUAAAUCUAAUGAAGCCAUAG